CAUCCCUCGAAAAAAAAAAGGAAAUAAAGCCGACCGGGCCUUUAACUCCCCGCAAACCAAUUCCUAAACUCCACCUUUCCACCCCACCUUUCCAUCCGUCCGCCGCGUCCACGAUGCCCGCCACGCAGACCUUCACCAGCAUCCCGAUCCUGCCGCUCUCGCGCGCCCUCGACCCGGCGACAAAGCCGCAGUUCCUCGCGGACCUCCGCGCGGCGCUGCUCAACGUGGGCUUCUUGUACCUGAGCGAGACGGGGAUUCCGGAGCAGCUGAUCCGCGAUGUGGUUGCGGAGUGCACAGGCUUCUUUGAGAAGCUGCCGCGGGCGGAGAAGGAGCGGAUUGAGAUGAAGAACGAGAAGAGCUUUUUGGGGUGGAGCAGGCUCGACAACGAAACCACAGCCUUCAAUCCCGACCACCGCGAACAACUCGACCUCUCCACACCGCAUCCCAUCCCCGGCUCUGACGCACCGCUAUACCACAACCUCCUCGCGCCGAACCAAUGGCCCUCACCAGCGCACCUCCCCUCCUUCCGCCCGAUCUACGAAGACUACAUGCGCCGCAUGUCUCACAUCUCCACGCUCUUUACCUCGCUAAUCGCCGAAGCCAUCGGCCUCCCUGCCGACGCAUUCAACAAGUUCUUCGACGCGGACCAGCAGCACAAGCUGAAGAUUGUCAAGUAUCCCGAAGUCGAUGUGCCCGAUCUGCCAUCCGGUGCCAGCGAGAUUGACCGGAAGAAGUGGGAGAUCAAGAGGCAGGGCGUCGGUCCGCACAAGGACAGCAUGCUAACGAGCUAUCUGCUGCAAGCGAGUGACCAGCCGGGGCUGCAGGCGCAGAACGCGAGGGGCGAGUGGGUGGACUGCAAGCCCAUCGCCGGAACGCUUGUUGUCGCUAUCGGGCAGGGUAUGGAGGCGCUGACAGACGGUGUCUGCGCGUCGACGACGCAUCGUGUGCUGAGCCCGCGGAAAGGCGAAGGUGCGAGGUACUCGGUCCCGUUCUUCCAGGGUGUGAGCUACGAUGCCAAGUUCGAAGCCAUGGAUGUACCGGGGGACGUGUUGAAGCUUCGGGACGAGGCUCGGAAAGCGCGGAGUGACGACGUCGAGUUCACAUUCGUCAAAGGAAGGUGGGGACACCUGGGCGAGGCUACUCUCAUGAACAGAGUGAAGUCGCAUCCGGAUGUCGGUGAGCGCUGGUAUCCCGAGCUCCUGGCGCAGAUCCGUGCGCAGCAAGCCGUGAAGGCAUCGUAGCCGAGCGGCCUCGCUCAUCCUUCCGAAAUGUUCACCGUCUUUCCAGCGAGUGUCUUUCCAUUUGCAUCACCCUGCAGGUGCAUCGCGAUGGAGCUUAGGGUGCGGUAAUAAUGCGGUGU